CUUUACUUUAAUUCUCAAUUUCAUCUUAGUCACUAAUUUUGGAACGCAUCAUGUCAAUACAAAAAUGUCAUUGUCACUCUUGUCAUACUGUUACUGUCCUGUCACUGUUUUUUGUUGUAAAUUGUAAUCUCAGGUUGUAAUCGGUCAAUCGUUGUUGUAAAGAGUAAAGCAUAACACGAUAAUUAUCACAUUUCAAUAUUUUCCUUAUGCGUCUGAACAUCAUACGUUCUGGCGUCAAAAUUAGCCGUUAGUUUAUAGAGUUAUUUAUGAAAGAACAUUAGUUAUAAGUAAACUACGUCAGUCGUUAUCAGUGUUCGUAGCACACGCGUCUUCCAAACAAGUGUUAAUUUUUAUAUCAUAUUUUAAAAUGGUUGAGGCUAGUAAACUUUGGUUCGAAGCUGCGUGUAGUACUUGUAAGUGCCAUGAACUUAUACAUCCGUGGACGUACCGAUGUUCAGAUGCUACGAGAACUAUGUUGAUAAGUUGUAUAAAAGGGAGCUACAAAUUCUAUGCCAUGGUCUAUCUUAUACAAAUAUUAAUGAGAGGCAAAAAACUAGGUAAGAAGGAAAUGCUAGAACAAUUCAAGCUAUAUUUAAAAUCUGGAGUAUUUGGGCUGACGGUUGGCAGUUCCUUUGUCACAUUGAACUGCAUAUUCAGAAAGCUGUUUUUCAGUGAGUUUUCAUAUUAUAACACAGUGCUGUUACCAUGCACAGUCAGUGGACUAGCAGUAUACUGCGAGCCACCAUACAGGAGAGUUAUGGUGCUCAAUCUAUUUGUUAAUUUGGUGUUCGAGUACUGGGUACGGACACUAGAAAUGAAAGGCUGGCUGCGACGGUCUCCAGGCAAAGAGACAUUAGUCUUCAUGCUUGGUAGUGCCCUCUUCUUCUAUCUCAUGCGGUUAGAUAGAGACAAUAAUAAACGGACGCCUUUGUUCUGGUUCUUCACACCUCCACGUGUAUCAAAAGAAGUUGCUAGUAGUGUGCUUACUAUGUCGGCGCACGGCAAGGACAGCGCGAUGUACGCGAUACCGGCUGGCUUCCUAUCAGGGCUCGCCUUCAGAGCAUCUCCGUCCUUACCCAUCUCGUUAGCGCCUGUCACUUCUUCCUUACAGAUUCUAGGUUCAUGGGGUUACCAGAAAGGCAUGAUUCCUGAAAACUGGCCGCUCGUUGAGAUUUUAUACUGUCUCUGCCAAGGUCUACUGUUCCACGCGCGAGUCAUGCAUGAAGAUGUCUGUCCGAGAUACAUCAUCAACUUGAUGCAUACUGUUACUAGUUCCAAAGCGGACGAAAUCCAGUCAGCAUUCAUAAAGAAAAUGUUAAAAUACGCUUCAGGUUAGAUAGAAUUUUAGACAAAUUUAUUUGUGUAUUAAUUUAUGAGACGUUUUAUGAGAUGGGAAUACUUGACGAAAAGUUAAGCUGAUUUCUAACAAUAGUUAAAGUACAGACAUUGGAAGUACACAUAAAUAUAAGUGUUAUGACAAAUAGCCACCUGUGAUAGCGUAUAUGGAUAACUUGCGCAACUUAAGUGUUGAUGCGCAAACUUGCGCAAAGUUUGCGCAAAGACAAACUACAAAAUACUCGUAUGAAUGUAGAUAUUUAAUAGUAAAAGCACAAACGUUUUUGUUAUGUGACUUAAAAAACCUUGAUAU